GAGCGCGGCGGUAACAACUCCUUCACCCACGAGGCGCUCACGCUCAAGUACAAACUGGACAACCAGUUCGAGCUGGUGUUCGUGGUUGGGUUUCAGAAGAUCCUGUCGCUGACGUACGUGGACAAGUUGAUAGACGACGUGCACCGGCUGUUCCGGGACAAGUACCGCACGGAGAUUCAGCAGCAAAGUGCCUUGAGCCUGUUACACGGCACUUUCGAUUUCCAAAAUGACUUCCUGCAGCUCCUGCGUGAAGCGGAGGAGAGCAGUAAGAGCCGUGCUCCCACCACCAUGAGGAAGUUCCAAGAUUCCGAAAAGGCCAAGAAACCUGUGAGGUCCAUGAUCGAGACACGGGAAAAGCCCAGGGAAAAAGCCAAGAGUAGCAAAAAAAAGGGGGCCAAGAAGGAAGGUUCUGAUGGCCCUCUGGCUCCCAGCAAAGUAGCUCCGGCAGAAAAGUCAAGUCUCCCGGCGGGACUCGAGAAUGGGAGUGAACUUUCCAAAGAAGAGCUGAUCCGCAGGAAGCGAGAGGAGUUCAUUCAGAAGCAUGGGAGGGGGGUGGAGAAGCCCGGCAAGUCCCUGAAGUCAGAUGCCCCAAAGGAGAAGGGCAAAAAAGUGCCCCGAGUGUGGGAACUGGGUGGCCGUGCGGACGAGGGCGUCUUGGAUUACAGCGCCCCCACCACCAACGGGACCCCCGAGGCUGUCUUGUCGGAGGACAUUGACUUGAUCCGAGGGACUGGGCCUGGGGGACAGCUUCAAGAUCUGGACUGCAGCAGCUCCGAAGAUGAAGAGGCCGCCCCAAACCCUGCCAAACCUAGAGCUCCCAAGGGGGCCCUGGGGGGCAUGUUUGGGAUGCUGAAGGGCCUCGUGGGCUCUAAGAGCUUGAGUCGUGAAGACAUGGAGUCUGUGCUGGACAAGAUGCGCGACCACCUCAUUGCCAAGAACGUGGCUGCAGACAUUGCUGCCCAGCUCUGCGAGUCUGUAGCCAGCAAGCUGGAAGGCAAGGUGAUGGGCACGUUCAGCACGGUGACGUCCACAGUCAAGCAGGCUCUGCAGGAAUCCCUGGUGCAGAUCCUGCAGCCUCAGCGCCGAGUGGACAUGCUCCGGGACAUCAUGGAUGCCCAGCGUCGCCAGCGUCCUUACGUUGUCACCUUCUGUGGCGUUAACGGCGUGGGGAAGUCCACUAACCUCGCCAAGAUCUCCUUCUGGCUGCUGGAGAACAGCUUCCGUGUCCUCAUCGCCGCCUGCGACACGUUCCGCGCCGGGGCCGUGGAGCAGCUGCGCACGCACACGCGGCGCCUGAGUGCCCUCCACCCCCCGGAGAAGCACGGGGGGCGCACCAUGGUGCAGCUGUUCGAGAAGGGCUACGGCAAGGAUGCUGCGGGCAUCGCCAUGGAGGCCAUCGCUUUCGCACGUCACCAGGGCUUUGACGUGGUGCUGGUGGACACUGCUGGCCGCAUGCAGGACAACGCCCCCCUGAUGACCGCCCUGGCCAAGCUCAUCACUGUCAAUACGCCUGACCUGGUGCUGUUCGUGGGCGAGGCCUUAGUGGGCAACGAGGCCGUGGACCAGCUGGUCAAGUUCAACAGAGCCCUGGCCGACCACUCCAUGGCCCAGACGCCUCGGCUCAUCGACGGCAUCGUCCUCACCAAGUUUGAUACCAUCGACGACAAGGUGGGCGCUGCCAUCUCCAUGACCUACAUCACGGGCAGACCCAUCGUCUUCGUGGGCACCGGCCAGACCUACUGUGACCUGCGCAGCCUCAACGCCAAGGCCGUGGUGGCUGCCCUCAUGAAGGCGUGACGUGGCUCGUCCCCAACACCAAGUCACCGCUGCCCCCACACCCUGCCCCGUAUCAAGAAUGCUUCAGCGUGUGUGAGCGAUGUGUCUGCAGUGCAGUAGAGGCCGUGGGGUGCUCCCGGGCAGCCAGCCCCUUCUGCAAGGGGACCCAAUCAUGUCGCAGUCCCGCCCACCGACACCCCCGCGCCUCCUGGGGCUUCCCCAUCAGCUGGUCCCAUUCCAGCUUUGACCUGUGCUCGGAGUCAGCGCAGAGCCCUGCUGUCAGUGGUCGCAGAGCUGCCCAUGCCAACGGGCAGCUCAAAGCCUCGACUUCCAGGGCCAGCAUGGGUCCCCAGGCACCUCUCCCUGGGCCCCCGCUUUCAGGCCCUGGCCCCAGGGUGCAGCCCACCUCACUGUGUAGCCUAUGGCCUGUUCUUUGCUGCUAGUUCUAAUCUGAGGAUGACCCCGAUGCCCCUGACCCCCAGAGCACCACAGGUUCUCGGCCUCCUGACUUGCCCUCCCCCAGAAUCCUGACCUCGGCCGUGCAUGUCCCCUGGCCCGGGAGAAGCCACCUGAGGGACGGCUGCUGCCCCCCACCCGUGGCCUGGCCCCGCCCGUCCUCUCCUGCAGUGCCUGUUAGCGGUGGCCACGUGGACCUCGCCCUCCUGCUGAGACCGGUCCUGGAGCUUGUAUUACGUGUGAGGAGUGCAAUAAGGUGAAGCCUGUCUGCCCAGAGACGUAAUUUAUACGAGAAAAUAAAUUUCAUACAUAAAUUGCU